GAAAGUUUAAGAAAUAUGGGGGGGGGGGGAAUGCAGCAAAAUUUUGCGGUCUGCAUACAAAUCAUUUUAAACAACUACCCACUUGUUUAGAAACUAUCCACCUGAAUCUAAUAUAAUCUUGUGUUGACUUGGCUCUAACAAUCGUGACGCUAAACAAGCUCCGCCUGUUGCGAUUUUCAGAUUUUUUACAGCGGUAGCCCAGCAACGUCGAGUUCAAAAAUAAGUAAAGUGCUUACUAACCUUUUAGAAUAGGUACUCUAAAAUGUUAGUAAGCACUUUCAAACUCAAAAGUUUCGCUUACUUGUCAAUGUCAUUAAAAUCGUACCAAAGAAAGUUCAACUCAUGCCGUUAUAGUAGAAAACCGUAGUUUAGUACGUAGUAGGCUGGCAACCCCAUUUACGAUUUCUACCUCACAGUAAUUUUAUAGCGUUUCGCGUAGUCCGUCGUCAAUAAUUCGCUAAUAUUCGGGCGUGUUCACCGAUUACGAUCAAAUAACUGAAACAGUGAGAGCUUAACGCCGCGGUGUUUAGUUAGUCGCACGCGGUCGCCUAGCAGUGAGACGUGUUCGUGCCACCACACCCUCGGAGCGCGGUGUCGGUGAUAGUUGCCGAAGUGUUAUGUGGUCGGGCUAGCCGCAGUGUCGUGCAGUGUGCGUGCGGGGUGCAUUGAUGGGCUGCAGGGGCUGGCGCAGCGCGGCGGAGCGGCCGCUGCGGCGAGACCUCGUUUGCCGGAAGGACGCCUCAACUCGCCACACUGGAACUAAUGGAAUUAGAGAACAUCGUCGCCAACACAGUCUAUUUGAAGGCCAGAGAAGGUGGCUCCGAUAGCAACAAGGGCAAGAGCAAGAAGUGGCGCAAGAUCCUCCAGUUCCCUCACAUAUCACAAUGCUUAGAUAUAAAAACAAAAAUAGAUGUAGGUUACGACUACGUGGUCGAUCAGCAGCCGAUCGGCAAGCUGCUGUUCCGGCAGUUCUGCGAGCGGACCAAGCCGGAGUACCACAAAUACAACAGCUUCUUAGAUGCGGCGGAGCGCUACGAUGUGGAGAUGGAGGAGACGCGGACGGCGGUGGCGGUCGACGUGUUCCGGCGCUACCUCACAGACGAGGACGGUGAAGCGGUCACCGACGUCGUCGACAAGCAGGCGGUCGACGACGCGAGCUCGUCGCUGGAAGGUAACUGUCUCCGGCGCUACCUCACAGACGAGGACGGUGAAGCGGUUACCGACGUCGUCGACAAGCAGGCGGUCGACGACGCGAGCUCGUCGCUGGAAGCCGGCUCAAAAGACAUCUUCAGCACAUGCAUACGAUGCGUGAAGAACUUCCUCGCGGGCACGCCUUUCUCGGAGUUCGAGCGCUCCAUGUACUUCCACCGCUAUCUGCAGUGGAAGUGGCUCGAGGCCCAGCCUGUGACGCAGCACACCUUCAGGAUGUACAGGGUCCUCGGGAAAGGAGGGUUUGGAGAGGUUUGCGCUUGUCAGGUGCGCGCAACAGGCAAGAUGUAUGCGUGUAAGAAGUUGGAGAAGAAGCGCAUCAAGAAGAGAAAAGGAGAGGCGAUGGUGUUGAUAGAGAAGCAAAUACUCCAGAGGAUCAACUCGCGAUUCGUCGUCAACCUAGCCUACGCGUACGAGACGAAGGACGCGCUCUGUCUCGUUCUCACUAUCAUGAACGGAGGCGACCUGAAGUUCCACAUCUACAACAUGUGCGGCGCUGACACGGGGCUGGGGCUGGAGCGCGCGCGCUUCUACGCCGCGCAGGUGGCGUGCGGCCUCGAGCAUCUGCACAAGAUGGGCAUCGUGUACAGAGAUUGCAAACCCGAGAACAUCCUGCUCGACGACGCGGGCCACGUGCGCAUCUCGGACCUCGGGCUCGCGGUGGACGUGCCGGAGGGGGGCUCCGUGCGCGGCCGGGUCGGCACGGUCGGGUACAUGGCGCCUGAGGUGAUCGACAAUGAACGGUACACGUUCUCGCCGGACUGGUUCUCGUUCGGGUGCCUGCUGUACGAGAUGCUGGAGGGUCGCGCGCCCUUCCGCGCCAGGAAGGAGAAGGUCAAGAGGGAGGAGGUCGACCGGCGGGUCAAGCACGAGCAGGAGAAGUACUCGAGCAAAUUCAGCGACUGCGCGCGGUCUUUAUGUUCCGCACUGCUCGCCAAGAACGCGGGCUCGCGUCUCGGCUGCGGCUCCGGGCGGCGCGGCGCGGCGCAGGUCAAGCAGCACCGCUUCUUCAGCUCGCUCACCUGGGCGCGCCUCGAGGCCGGCAUGGUGGACGCGCCCUUCGUGCCCGACCCGCAUGCAGUGUACGCUAAAGACGUACUAGACAUCGAGCAGUUCUCGACCGUGAAGGGCGUAGCCCUGGACGCGGCCGACGACACCUUCUACGGCAAGUUCAACACCGGCUCCGUCUCCAUGUCCUGGCAGACCGAGAUGAUCGAGACCGGCUGCUUCGCCGAGCUCAACGUCUUCCAAACGGGUGCGGAGGCGGCGGAGGCGCCGCGCGACCUGCAGCUGGCGCCGCGCGCCGCGCCGCCGCCGGACCAGCGCGGCUGCUUCGGCUUCGCCAGGAGGGUCCUGUGUCCGACUAAGAAAAUCCCGGCGCGGCUCCGCGUGGUGCCGGUGCCCUCGCACCUGCUGCAGCCCUCGUCACCUGCACCCGCAGUACCGGCUGCCCCUGCAGUUCCUGCUGCACCCGCAGCACCUGCUGCACCUGCAGCACCUGCAGUUCCCGCUGCAGCCGCCCAGAGCUGACGGACCGACGCAGACUCCUGGCGCGGAGUGCCGCCGGCAUCCACAGAACAAUGAGGUUAAUGAAAAGGACGGCCCGAGAGUGAUUCUAACUACACUUGUCGCAUUUUGUCACUUUCCGUAUGAGGUCAGAAACUGCGACUUUGAUUUUGAGUUGGAGAACUUUUUUUUAUCGGUGAGUCCAGUAACUCGAGACGAACUACUGUUUUCGUGUUAAUUACCCGCCAAGCACAAAUUGUAAGUCGUUGUGACCCUAUUCCUGCUAAUACUAGAUUUGCGACCGCAAUGUGAAAUAAGUAUUUUAUGACUUUGUGGUCUACUUUGACUACGUUUCGCGGAAGGAAAUGUAUAUAUUUUAUUUAUAAUCAAGUUAUCAAUCGGAAACGCGACGACCGAUUUUCCUACACUCUCACGUUAUUAUGAUAAGAAUAAAUGUAUUAAUGAUACGAUGAUCCUUGGAUGUAAAUCAAUAAAAAAAUGUCCAAUAAAUCGGUGAUUCCAAGAUGUAACUCUAAAAACAUUACCGUUGAAACGCGUCAGAAUUUCCAUUUAACCGAUUGUCGAUUUUUAUACCAAUUAUCGACUGUGUCGAUUAUCGAUGGACUUUCCCGAACACGCGCUUAACAAAAUUGUACAUAAAUGUAUAAGAAGUUGAACGAUAUGGCCAGUGUACGUAACGCAGAGUAUAAAGGUUCAAAGUGUUGUUCGGGGAUGUAGCUUUUUUGAAUUUUAUAUCGUGAAAUGUAUUAAACUUGUGACGAAAAUGUAAAUUUAAUCAAUUCUUACGAUAUUGAAAACCAAAUUGACCUUUAAAACUUAUCUGAUAUGAUGCAUUUUGCAAUGUACCUGUCCGUUCCGAGUGUGUGACGAUCAUGAACAAUUAAGUUAUUUGUAAGUAAAUGUUGAUAUUUGCAGUUUUUCGACUGAUUUUUUGCUUCGUAUUAUUUCGGGACGAGUAUUAUGUGAACAAAACAUAUGUAUAAGUGGUAUUUAUGUAGUUAUUUUUACGCAAAACUUUGUCGGUGUGAGGUAUGAUGGAACCAUUUUUUAAUUAGUGACUAAUUUUGUUAAAAUAUUUCUUUACAUGCCAGAUACGGUAUACAAGUGUAGUCUUCGCACAAAGUUUUUCUAAAAUAUAUUUGUAGCUUUUUAUGGCUGACUUCACACCAACAAAGAUUGUACAGUCUCCAUGAAUUACGCCUUGGAUUUAUAUAGCAAGCAAUGUGCUCAUACAUCAGAGACGUUAAAUCUUCAUGAAUAUGUAUUCGAUGGCGACUGUACAUAUCCCGCGCUCGACUGUACUCCUUAUGUAUCGGAACGUCGGGUUGGUAUUGAAUUUAUAUUAUUUACAUGACUUUUGAAAUGUAUAUUUUUGUAGAGGACGAAUUUAUAUGUUUAGGCUUUUCGGACAUGUUUAUAUAGUGGCUUCCGGAGUAGGUCGGCUCGGGAGUAGACGCACACACGGUGACACUUUACUGGCCAUCUAUAGACUUUACGGAAUUGUUAUAAGGUUCAAAAUAAGACACUUAAUUGUCUUCGAGAGAAAUGUUCCUUAUUAUUCUCUAGAAUGCAGCAUUGUGAUGACAGAAUAUUGAACGUUUGAUGUCGAUGUUUGUGAAAAAUUCAAUGUUUUUAAAUUUUGAUCGUCAGAAGUACAAACAGAAGUCGCGUCCGACAAAUUUGAACAUUAAUUAUUAAUUUAUAAGGUUCAUAUUUCUGUCAUCACUAAUUUGCAUUCUACCGUCAAAGGAAUUGUACUUUAGAGGUUACACAAAGUCUUGUGACGUCAUCGUCCGGGGUGUGACGUCAUUAUUCGAGAUUAAAUCAGAGCAAUAAUUAUGUAACGAUAUAUUUGAGAGUCGUUCCAAAAAUAAGUACCUUGUCACAGUAAUGUCACUUCGCGGUGUAAAUGUGUCAAAUUUGUAAAUUGACAGGGUACUAAUGUAAUCUGACAGGACAGAUGGAAACGUGUCAUGUUUGUAAAGUUAGUGUCGGAUGUUUCCAACGUCGUGCCAGAUGUUGUUGCGAGUGACUAAGGGAUCGGUGUUUAUAAAUAUAUUAUUAAAAUUAAAUCUGUAUAGUUGUAAAGAUACAUAUAUCUGUACGCGGCUGUGGGGUCGAGUAUUCUUUGAUUUCAAACAACUCAAUGUUAUUUUUUCGCAAAAAACCGCAUAGUAAUAUACAGAUUUUCCGUCAUAAAUGAAAACAUAAUUCAUAUUUCAACUUUAUUUGAACGUUAUAAGAAAUGUAUGAAUACUACCGUGGCUGUAUGAUGUAAUAAUAAUAUAUUACGUAGAGCUGCGGAAAACAACGGUUUGUUACUUUAAAAUCUCCAUGGCGAUAAAUAUAUAUUUUAACAAUACUUCGCCCUUUUCGCGGUGCUAUCCGGCCCGCGCCCACAGUCCCACGUAUUGCACAAACUUUUGGAAACCGUUUACCGCGUGAUAUUGAGGGCGCCACUGUGCUGCCGAGUUCGUGUAUAGAUUACUGUUGACUUGGUGUGUGUUGUGUCAGUUGUGUGCCAGGAGGACGAGCACGAGCGGCGGCGGUCGUGGUGCAAUGUAUCACUAUUCAUUCUUUUUUUAUAAAAUAUUCAUAAAUAAACUGAUUUUUAAAACUGGGCAAUUUUUUAAGAAAUAUUUGAUUAUCAUUUAAAUUGUUUAAUAAAAAUCGUAUUGACAAAAUAAUGACAAUCAAGUAAACAGAUAAAAUACAUUUUUGUAUUUUUUGCGUGUAAACUGUAAUAUUUGCGAUUGGCAAAUUUAUUAUUCGUAUAUUUUCAAUGAUAAGGUAAAUUCAUGAUUAUUUUUGUAUCUCAAGUGUUAUGCCGUCGUCGCUAGUAGCUCACAAAAGUCGAAAAGUAUUGCCAUAGCGUAGGUCACCGAGAGACACCACUGGCGGGCGAACAUGGGUUCACUGCGGAAACAUACGUAUAUCGUAAAACCACCGCCGAUAAAAUCGGUUGACAGAUACGAACCCGAGGCACAAAGGGGCUAAAAGUUUUCAAAGACCUUAAAGAGUUCUCGUAAACUCCUGGAAGGUGACGCAUCGUUAAACAAUAAAAUCUAAAAAUGCUGCGAUUGCUUGCUUUCCGAAACCCGCGCUAAAGUUUAAAGAAAAAACCAACAAUUAAUCGAAAAAUCAGAACUACAGUAUUGAAUUAUGUGUUGAAAAUUCAGAGGCUUGAAUAGGUCCCAUUUGCCUAUACAAUGAAAAUGUUUGUUUAAAAGAGACAUCUUUGAUACGAUUUUUAACCAAUCGUGUAACGACAACUGUAGAAAUGAAAUCGAUGCCAUGAAUAACCAGUUCACCAAACAAUACUUUCAUAAGUUUUGAAAUUGCUGAGAUGUAUCAAGAUACUUGACGCCAAAACUUAACAAUGCGCCGUCUUAGAAGAAAGUUUCCUUGUUGAAAAAUUCUCCAUUGUUUUUUUUUAAUUUCCAAUAUUUUUCCAUGUGGAAAGUUUCGUAUGACCCCGCGUCGUCCGCCGGUGGAGGGAGAUGGGAUAGUUCCUAGGCGCUUCAGCUAGUCUCACCGCUCCACCCGCCUCGCGGGGCGCACCCGGACCCGAGCCGCGGGGCGGGACCGCAGGGCAACUGCUCAAUAUAAGACGUCAGUUGGCUUGAAAGACGGUUCAAUUUUAAUUUAUGAGGAUUUCGAAAAAAAUUGUACAGAUUUGUUGUGUAAGUACACAGAAUCACAAGCUCUUUUGAUCUGAAUAGGAGAAAAAGUGAGGUAAAAUUUCCAUAGAUUUUCCCCUGAUGUUCUCGUUAUACCUACAAUGUAGACAAAAUAAUUAUUAAAGUUGCAAUUUUUCUUAUAAUUUCGUUUGAAGCUGAAGCCGAUUGACGUCUUAACAUAUUAGGCAAGUGCCCCGCGAGCGGCGAGUGCAGUCAGGUGUCGGUGUUCGCCAAUCGGAGCAUUUACCUUUCACCAAAUUUUGUAACAUUUUAUAUUAUUGUACUAUUUGUAAUCGUUCAUACCUGUACUAUACUCAUCGGCUGCAUUUGACUCGGCGUGUUGGCUGAUCGGAUAUAGGGUGAAUCGUCAAAGAAUACCUUUGUAAGUAUGGUUUAAAUUGUGUAAAAAGACUUACGAAUAUUUUAAAUCAUAAUAUGUGGCAAAUAACUGAAAAUAUUUCCAGUCACAUAUUUGACAAACAAUCAGGGGCGUAGCUACCGCCGUAUCUGCCGUAUCGAUUAUACGGGGCCUCCGGGCCACGGGGGCCCCCAACGUGCGGUUUUGUGAGAAAUCUUUACCCUUCCUAAGGGCCCCCAAACAAAUUUUUAUACGGGGCCCCGCCAAGGCACGCUACGCCACUGCAAACAAUGAAGAAAUUUUAGCCCGUGUACACAGAGCAACGGGUUUUUAUAACUUAUUUCUGAUCAAAAUAGGGUAAACAACCCUAUUAUUGGCACCCUGCCAAUAGUUGGCACCAACUUAUAAUAUCAGCAGUGACUUUCCUUCAAAUCAGGUGCCGAUUACUGGUAAUUUUCAGUGCCAAUCAUGGGUAGUUUAGCUAAUUUUGCCUUGUUUUAACCACGACGCCGCCCUUGUCCGAUCGGUGUUGAGAUAUUAGUGGUACGUCUUCGUUCGGCUGUAAGUAGCUUAGUGUAGCGGGAUGUUAGCUUGACCUGUUAGUCGUUAUUGCAGUAUUUCCAUGCAAAUAUUAUUAUUUCAUAAGCGUAUUCAUAAAUAUAAAUUGACUCCGAUAUAA